CUUUAUUCAUGUUUUACAGUAUCAUAGAGAGGUAUUUUUGUAUUUUGCACACUGAGAGUUGAUAUAUGUAAAUCAUUUACCAUCUUUACUAAUUGUAUUGUGUUGGCUAGAUUUUACAAAAAAACAAAUAUUUGAUUUGUAUUCGAAACAAGAUGUCUGGAUUUUACAAGCAUUGAAUAAUGACAAACAGGCCAAAAAGGAGUACCGGGCAUUGAGUCAUAGUCACUCAUAGACCGCCGAACCACAAAGGCGCCCGAAGCAGGGAAAUGAAAUCCGAAUCCCAAGUUGAGGCAGCAGAAGCACCGCUGCUUUCAUCGGCGGGCCGACGAACGGAAGGAGGAUCAAUAAGCGGUGCUAUAUUCAAUGUCUCAACCGGCAUGGUGGGUGCUGGAAUCAUGUCAGUUCCUGCAACUUUCAAGGUCUUGGGUGUGAUUCCCAGCUUCUUUGUGAUAUUGGUCGUAGCCUACUUUGUGGAGGUGACCGUUGAUUUUCUCCUGAAAUAUACCAACUCCGGCGAGACGGAUUCUUAUGGUGGAUUGAUGGCCGAGUCUUUUGGGAAAUUUGGGUCCCUUGCUCUUCAGAUAUGUGUCAUGAUUACCAAUCUUGGCGCCCUUAUUAUCUAUUUGAUCAUUAUCGGUGAUGUGCUCUCAGGAAAUGAUUCUGAUGGAACAUUGCACCUUGGUGUCCUACAGCAAUGGUUUGGCAAUCAUUGGUGGACAUCAAGACCAUUUUCUGUCCUGGUCGUGGUGCUUUUUGUUAUGCUUCCCUUGCUGUGUUUAAGGCAUAUAGAUUCACUUAGCCAUGCAUCGGCUAUAUCCAUUCUGCUAGCAGUGCUCUUUGUUGCCAUAUGCUCUGGGAUGGCAUUGUAUUCAUUGUGGAAAGGGGAGACUCAACCUUUAAGGAUGUUUCCCGAUUUUGCAAAUGGAGUCACUGUUUUUGAUCUAUUCACGACCAUCCCAGUGUUUGCCACAGCCUUUGGAUGCCAUGUAAAUGUUCAUCCAAUCAGAGCAGAACUUGGCAGGCCAUCUGAUAUGACCUCGGCAGUCCGGAUAUCCUUAGUGCUAUGUGUUGCCAUUUAUUUUGCUGUUGGCUUUUUUGGGUAUUUGCUAUUCGGGGACACAAUCAUGGCAGACAUGCUUGUUAACUUUGAUCAAAACACUGAUUCCCUUAUUCACACACUGCUUAACACCAUUGUUCGGUUGAGUUAUGCAAUUCAUCUCAUGCUGGUGUUUCCCAUCAUGAAUUACUCUCUCAGAGUUAAUGUAGAUGAACUACUGUUCCCAAAAGGACCUGUAUUGUCUACAGAAACUGCAAGGUUUUUAUCACUCACGGGCGUUCUUCUCGUAUUCAUGUAUGUAGCUGCAAUUUGCAUUCCAAAUAUUUGGUACUUCUUUCAGUUCAUGGGAACAACCACUGUCAUGUGCAUCAUGUUCAUAUUCCCAAGCAUGAUCAUUCUUAGAGAUGUUCAUAAGAUUUGUACCAAGCAGAACAGGAUACUGGCAGUAUUGGUGAUCAUGUUUGCAGUCGGGACUAGUGUAACAGCCAUAUACUCUAAUGUGUAUCAAACCUUUUUAUCAACAAGUAACCCGAUUUCAUGACAAUGCGGUUUAUGCUCAAGGACCAUCAGCAUGAUCCAUUGUGUGUAUAUAUACAUCUAUAAAUAAGAGGUAAAAACAGGUUUGAUCUCUGUCAGAUGAUCAAAGUAAAAAUGCUCGGGUUCAAGGCGAUCCACUGCAGAUGAACAGAAGAGGGAUCACCUUUCACCUGUGGAGUUCAAUUUCCCCUUUGUAAUCUCAUAACGACAGUGAAAAAUAGGAUCCAAUGCCCUUGAAUUUUGGACGUAUCCCCUCACAUUCAUUGCUCGACCAAAAAAUGUCAUUUUUUCGAAGGGAUAUUUCAAAGGUUUGUAAUAAAUCUUGUGAUUAAAUUGUGGUUAAUGAAUUUCAUUGCGGAACUGUUUCGAGACCUGGUUUGUCACAGUAACUUCUUGCUGGCCGCUAGCCCCCGCCGUUGCUCACAAAAGUCAAUGAGUCAAUCACGAGUCAAUGUGUAGUGUAGUUAGGGAGUCAUAUAGGACAUAUGGAGUGUUUUCAACUGAUUCUGCAAAUGCAAUAAAAAUGUGUGUACUUU